AUGGAUACCAAUACAUUUUUAUAUAUUAUUGUUUUUGUUGCAAUUGCAUAUGCAAUUAAAACUUAUAUUUUACCAGAACCAGUUAAACCAGUUAAAAAACCAACUGUUGUUAAAGUACCAAAAAGACAACAUAAAAAAAGUACAGAUGGUUCACCAGUUUAUUAUACCGCUGAAGAAGUUUCAGUACAUGACAAAGAAGAUGAUUUAUGGUUAAUUAUUGAUAAAAAGGUUUAUGAUGUUACAGAUUAUGUUGAUAAACAUAUGGGUGGUUUAGCAAUUAUGAAAAAUGCUGGAAAAGAUUCAACUGAAGGUUUUAAUGGUGAACAACAUCCAAUUAAAGUUAGACAGGUUUUAGAAGAAUAUUAUAUUGGUGAAUUAAAACAAUAA